AUGGCGCUGCACCAACAGCGUCAGGCCAAGUGUCGCGAAGUUCGAGCGGCAUCCAUGGCCCAACAUCUACAGCAGCGGCAACAAAAUCAGCAAAAGCAGCCAAAAUAUUCACCCAAUGACAUCCAGAUGGCAGAUAAUAUUCGCGAGUUCUAUCGCACGCCCACAAUGCUGGCUGAAGACGAGUCAUUCAAUCCACAUGGACAACUCCAACCGGAGCAUCAGCUACGGGAGGAGGAGCAUGAGGAAGAGCAUGAGCAAGAGAGAGGUGGUUGGAAAGCCAUAUCGAUUGAGGAGCCGAGCUCAACGAGUUACGACAUGAACAGUCUAGUUGAGGAGCCGGAUGUUCAAGAGCCCCAGGCUCAGGAGGUGAAGAGCGAGAUGUUCGGGGAAGGAGAUAAGUUCAGCCACCAGACACCACUGUGGCUCCCCUCGGAAGAGGACCGCCGCACUCCAACACUACCAUGGACCUCCUCUAUAGAUGCAGAUGUGCUGAUAGAAGUAGGCACUGCGUCGAAUUCGGGAGGUGGACGGCGCAAAUCGACCAAAAAGACACCUGCUCCACCACCUCCCUCAAUGACUCGGAGUCAGACUCACAGUCUCACGUCUCCGAAUCCCAAGAAUGAAAGAAUCUGCCCUCGUGCCCCGUAUAGUUCACGAUACUUUUGUGCAAUUCUCGUCAACUACGACAAAUACGACUCCGAGUGUCGUCUCGCAGGUCUAAGUCGCGAGAGUGUGACAUCCUUACAUCGCGCAAUGGUCCAGUGUCCUAAGCCUCUCUCGCUCACUUCUUUGGUGGACACUGAGUUCUCAAAUUACCCACGCACACAUUUACAUUCCCAAUCUUCGCUCCUUUCCCCUAUCCCUUUGCUACCAAGUCUUGGACCAGCGUUGAAUCGUGCAAUCAACACUGCUCUCAUUGUCACCACAAUCACCAUCUAA